AUGGAAGACGAUGGAGAUGUAAUGAUACAUGAUAUCGAUAAUGACACUAGUAGUACAUCAACAACAACAAAGAAAGAUAGCAAUGAAAAUGACAAUGACAAUAAUGAUGUAGUCAUUGUUGAAAGAGAUAAUAAUAAUAAUAAACCAACUACAGAUACUAGUACCAGUACAACAACUACAACUACAACAUCACAACCAAAGACACCAAGACGAAUAAAAGAAGAUGAUGAGGAUGACGUUACAAUAGUAGAUAACAUCGAGUUGGGCGGCGGCGGUGGCGGUGGUGAACAUCAACAUCCUCAACAUUUAAACUUACAAUCACCUGCAUCACCAAGAUCAUUGAGUAAUGAUGACAUUAUAGAAUAUUCAACCAAGUCACUUGUAUCUUUACUACUUGUUAAUUGUAUAACAAAAGUACAACAAUAUAAAAAACAACAACAACUAAUUAAUAAUAAUAAUAACAGCGCAACAGAGAAUGGUGAUACAAGUACAUUGUCUUCAUCAUCAAAUACAAAUACAUCAAGUAUUGAAUGGAAUAUAGUAUAUGAAUUGUACAUUCAACAAGCCAAAUAUCUAAAUCAAGUGUCACCCUAUCAUAUAAGUGAUGGUCAAUUACAAAUCAUUCAUUCUUCUACAACCUGUAAACAAUAUUAUACUAAAUUGGUAUCAAUCUAUAAAGAUGAAGAAAACUUGGAAUCAAUAAUAAGGAAAUCAAUUAUUGAUAAUUUAAAGAUAUCUAUUAAUCAAUCAACUUUGGAUGAUAUAUCGAAACUUAAAAAUGAAAUCAAAAUAUUAAAUGAAGAGAUUAUAACAUUGGAAGACGAUAAUGAAAAGGAGAGGGAAAGGGAGAGGGAGAGAGAAAAGGAGACAAUGACACCAUUCAGUCCACCUCAACAACAAACCAAUGUAAAUGCAAUCAAUGUAGAUGAUGAUGUGACGACAUCAACCACUUCAAUAACAACAACCAAAUCAUCGUCGUCAGUACCACCAUCACCAAUAAUAAAUAGUGAUGUAGAUGAUGAAGCUUCUAGAAAAAAGGAAGAGGAGGUUGCACGAGCUAAAAAGGCUGUUAUGCAAUCACUACAAAAGAGGUGUUUCGUCAUCCCAUCACUCGAGAUGAAGCACCCGACUAUGACAGGAUUAUCAAGCAUCGAAUGGACCUAA